AUGUCAUUGUUGAUUGGUCUUAUGAGAGUUAGGUUAUCGGAGGACAUCAUGAGAAAAGAGAUCUCUAGGGUUGCUGUCUUGAUGAGGGCGAGUCGCAUCGCGAAAGCUUCGGCUAUCAGGAGGGACUUGACGAAUGCUUGCGUACUUGAUCCUUCCAACUUGGAGUUCAUUCUUUCUCCUGUGAAGAUCCAGGCGAGACCGGUUCGCUUUGAUAUUUUGUUCCAAGCCGCAUUGGUUCUACUGAUCGUUUCUGAUCUUGUUGGCGCAGAGCAAGGCUCAUCGUUAUCAGCUAUAAUGGAGUUCAAAAGGAACAUGGCAAUCAUGUUUGAGAUGAGCGACCUUGGAAAGCUGACAUACUAUUUGGGUAUUGAAGUACAUAAGUUUGAUGGUGGCAUUACAUUGAAACAGAGCCGAUAUGCGAUGAAGAUCCUUGAGGAAAGUGGAAUGGGUACGUGCAGCUUACCCCAUGUUCCCAUGGACUUUAAUGUGACGCUAUCCAAGUUUCCUGCAGAAAAGAAGAUUGAUGAAACAGAGUACAAAAGAAACAUAGGUUGCUUGCGAUAUUUGUUGCAUACUCGUCCGGACCUGUCAUUCAGCGUUGGCCUACUAAGUCGAUACAUUCAGGAACCAAAAGAAUCACAUGGCACAGCGUUGAAACAAAUACUGAGAUAUCUGGAAGUAGUUGGGUUUAGUGAUAGCUCAUAUAAUGUCGAUGAAGAUGCUGGUAAGAGCACAACGGGUCAUGUGUUCUAUCUCGAUGAUAGUUCGAUAACUAGGAGUUCUCAGAAGCAAGAGAUUGUUGCACUAUCUUCUUGUGGCGCUGAAUUCAUGGCUGCCACAUAA